GACCGCUACAUCUCCAAAAUGUUCCUGCGGGGGGACUCGGUCAUCGUCGUCCUGCGCAACCCCCUCAUCGCCGGGAAGUAG